AGUCCCCCGCCAUGGCCUCCCGCCGCGCGGGCACCCUUCUGACCGAGUUCAAUGCGGCCUACGUGCCCCCCAGCCUUAUGCCCGGGUAUCAAGGCCAUGUCCCCGGCGUGGCCUCCUCCUUCGGCUCACCCUAUGGCGCCACCACUCUCAAGUACUUCCAGGACCACCGCAACACGGCCAUGGAGAAGAGCCACACACCCCUCAGCGGCGGCGGCUCCUUCCCCACCAUCUUCUCCCCCAACCCCAACCUGGUGUUGAUGGACCUCUCGAACCUCAGGGACCACUGGCUGCACCUGCCCAGCUAUACGCGCUUCAACCUGGACGGCCACCGCACCGUGGAGCUGGCGCACUUCUACCAGCUACAGAGGGCGCAGCAGCACCGGAAGUACUACAGAGACAAGACCGGCACAGUGCCUCAGGAACCCUACUUCGUGCUGCCUGUGAGGGAGAGGGAAGGGUACCCCAUCCCCACCGACCUGCCUCCUCUGAGCCCCAAGGAGAAGUGGCAUCUUUUGAGAGUCUCCCCUGAGAACCAGAGGACCUAUCAGACGUUCCCAUCUGGGAAGAGGGUGUCCCCACAAGAGCGACAGAAGAGGGACAGCUACUUCGAGUUCAGAGCGUGAGGCCAGGUGGCUGCUGCCUGGGAGCCUUGGCCCUAGCCAGAUGGUUUGCGUGGAAUAAAAUCUUUAGC